UUCUAAUUAAAUGACGAUCGAGCAGAUACGACCUGCCCUGAAUGGAAGCUCCCUCCACUUGCUGGAAUUUUGGGUUUAUAAGAUGAUCGAGAGGGGGGAAGAGAGGGAGACCAUGCAAGCACAGAGGUCAAUCCCAACAAAUUACAUUGGCCGCGAAUGCAUGCAUGCAUGAAAACAUAAGACGAACCAGAAUCUGUUGACGGACAGUUGAUGAGGUACCUCUAUUACUGUUAUGUUGAUCAGGAUCUAACAACUAUUGCGAACUAAGUUUCAGCAUUUUCGUAAUAAUUAAGAAGAACUAAAAGUGCUAGUUAUUGAAAGAAAUGGAAGAUGAGGGAGAGGAAUUUGAAACCAGUAACGAACAAUCAAAUUGUGGGAGUACUUUAAAUGUAGUUUUGGACCCAACUUUCGGCAAUAUUGGUCAUGAAGAAGCAGCUGCUAAUUCUGGCAUUGGUGGAGAAGAAGAUGACAAUCCAAAUUAUGAAGAGAGUCAAUCAAGAAUAGUUGUUCCUGAGCAUGCUAUCCGAAUCCUGGAUAAUGAGAGACAAAAUCAUGUUAUCAUUAGCGGAUCAGGAUGGUCAACAUUGAAGGUUCCUGUACCUAUGUUCAAAGUCGACAAAGGAGCUUACGUCCCCAUGAUUGUCUCCAUUGGUCCAUUUCAUCAUAAUGAACCAAGUCUACAAGCCAUGCAAACUCAAAAACGGCAGUUUCUUGAUCGCCUAAUUCGAAACCGAACAGGGCAGCCUAGCCUUGAAAAAUGUCUUAAAAAUGCCAUGAGAGAAUUGGAGGAAAAGACAAGAGAUUUUUAUGCAUAUGACUUUCAGGCUAUAAAACCUGAUGAUUUUGUGCACAUGAUGCUCCUCGACGGUUGCUUCAUUGUAGAACUCCUGCGUUUAUACGAGAAAAAAUAUGUGGGGGAGCCCUUUUUCAAAACACGUUGGAUGCGGACAAAUAUCUCUCGUGAUUUGCUUUUGCUUGAGAACCAACUCCCUAUGUUUGUGCUGCAGAAGAUUUUUGAACUUACUACCUUGACGGGGGAGGAAACUCUGAAUAUGCUUGCUCUCAGGUUUUUUGAACCCUUGAGGAUUGGGAAGGACAAAUUUGAAACAUGGACGUUGAACAAGCACGCCAAUGGCGAGUAUAUACAUCUAUUAGCUUUGUUUCACUCUACUUUAAUUUCAGGGGAUAAUAUAUGCCCGCCGAAGCCUGCAAAGAGUGAAAAGAAAAAAUCACAUCUUAAGCUUCCUGGGAAAGGUUGGGUGCAUAAUGCCAAAACACUUAGUUAUGCUGGUAUUAAGUUCCAAAAAAAUUCUGGUAGCAUUCUCAACAUACAGCUUAAAGGCAAAACGUUAAAGAUUCCAACUAUUGUCAUCGAUGAUAGCACCAACCCUGUGUUGAGGAACUUGAUAGCCUAUGAACAGAACAACUGCGAUGUAGAUCCAUAUUUUUGCUGUCUGGCGUUGUUCUUGGAUAGCAUAAUGGAUACGGUCGAGGAUGUCAAGAUUCUUCGUGAUGUCGAGAUUAUUAAACAUGCAAUGGGUGGAGACCAGGAGGUGGCGAAUCUUUUCAAUAGACUCACUAAAGAGCUAGUGUUUGAUAUUGAUGAAGAGGAUUGCUACAUGACCAAGCAAAUCGAAAAGAUCAACCGUCUUUGUCAAAUGCACGAAAUCAAAGUUCGAAUUCGCCGUCUUCUCACUAGGCUGAAUUUGAAUGGAUUAAUCCACACAUGCUUUUCCAUCUUGAUCACAGUCUUACUAAUCAUGAUGCAAGCACGGCUUAAUAAUUCAAAUGACAACUUCUCAAAUACUCAGGAAUCGCCUCCACCUUUGUCUUCACUAUCACCAUUUUGA